UCACUUCUUUCUUUACUCUCUGAUUUAGAAAUAAUUUCAUGGUGUUGUGGGUGACACAUAUACGUAGAAAUUUUUAGUGUAAGAAGCACAUUGGCACCAACUGUUGGGAAAUGGAAUCAAUGGAAUAUGAGCUCGCUAGAAACCUCACUCUAUUAUUCUUCGUGGAGCGCCUGCUCGAUAAAGGCGAGCCGAGAACGUUGCACGAUCUUUCCUGUCAGUUUGGUGCCAAGGGAUUUACUAAAGAGAUGCGCCAGAUCGCUGGUGGGUCACAGUCGGGUUUAAAGAAAUUCCUCACCCAAUACCCAGCGUUGUUCAGCAUAGACGGGGACUAUGUUGAUAUCAACACAUUUCAGAGGUGCCCCGCCGGUGCUGGUGCCUCCUCUAACAACGACUACAUCGAGGAAGCUAAAGAAUACUUCGCUGGCAAAAUGGUGCAGUAUGGCGAAGGAACCGAGGUGCCAAUUAAAAGUCUUUUGGGACACAGGAGCCAGGCCUCACCACAGGUACGACACAUCUCCGGCCAACGCAUUAAAGAGUUCAAAGAAUUCCUUAUGAAGCACCCCGAUAUAUUUCAAAUAAUUGAUGAUAAUGUUGUUCUAGUCAGUGAUAAUCAUAGGAGAGAAAAUGCACAUAGUAACAAUGAACAAUUUCACAAUUUACCCGUUGCUAACAUAAACACAGAUACAGCACAACAAUUGUUAGACUAUGUAGCUCAAUGUAUUGAGGCUACGGGGCCUGUUAUGGUGGAUCAGCUAUUUCAUUUGAUUGUGUCAAGAUUCCCUCAAGAGUACUGGUAUCAAAUGUUUAAAACUCCAGCAGAUUUGACUGCUUUCUUAAAAUUAUUCUCUGAUAGUUUCCAUGUACAAUCAAAUCUUGUCACAUUGAUAAGCAAACCAAAAAUACCUGUUAUGUAUCUCAAUGCAAAACCUAAAGUUAAGACUGAAACACCAAAGCCUGUUGAGGAAAAAGAACUACCACCCUCCCCACUUCCUCCAAUUGUACCUAGCCCUACACCGUCAGAUGGUAAAAGAAGUCCUGCUAAUAGAAUACUCAGUCCUGUAGAAUCUCCCCGAGCUACCCAAGCAAAUAUUGCUAAUCAAACACUAAAGCAAAGGAUAAAUUCAAUUGUUAUUAAAAAUCUGGCUGAGAAUAUGGUCAGAGACAGGGUGAAUAAUCAUUUAAAUGCUCGGUGCUCAGAAGAAUUAAAUGGGGUUAAUGUGCGAAACAAUUUAGUGGGAGAAGCAUGGAGACAAAAGGUGCUACAAAGUACAACUGUAAUAGCAAGUGCUCGAGAAAGUGCUACAUUAAUAGAUAGUAUAAUGAAUGCAAAACGUACCGGAAAAAGUAUUGUUUCAUUUGAUUGUGAAGGAAUAAAUUUGGGCCUUAAAGGUGUUUUGACAUUAUGUCAAAUUGCUACUAUGAAUGGAGAAGUAUACAUUUUAGAUAUUUUGGCUUGUCCGAAUAUGGUAAUUGAAGGUAAAAUAAAGGACUUGUUAGAAAGUGAAAAUGUCAUUAAAAUUAUACAUGAUUGUAGGAAUGACUCAGUUAAUUUGCACAAUCAAUUUGAAAUUACUUUGAAGAAUGUAUUUGAUACACAAGCAGGUCAUGCAGUACUUCAGUUACAGCAGCAAAAUGUACCCGUUUACAAAGUCAAAAAUUUGAGUCUCAAUGCUCUUUGUGAGCUAUAUAACGCACCAAUGAAUCCAAUGAAGGAGCAAUUAAAAAAUGUUUACAGAAGAGACCAAAGAUAUUGGGCAAGGAGACCUUUAUCAAAAGACAUGAUUAUCUAUGCCGCCUCUGAUGUUUUGUCUUUAGUAAAUCCUGCUAUUUACACCUUUAUGUCAAGCAAUAUUAAAUCUGAAAAUCAACAGUUAUUUGAGGAGCUAAGCAAUGAGCAAGUAUUUAUGCACAUUCAGCCAACAGAGGUAAAAUUACGCAAGAGACAAAGAAAAAUUAACACAGAAGUUGAAGAACUAAAACAAAAGUUAGCUGAGACUACAAAAAAUAUUGUACUCAGCAACAGGGAAAUCCGAUUAUUAAGAUAUUUAGAGUUAACAGAAGAGGAGAAAGAAAAGCUUAAGGGUUGUCAUAAGAUAUCAAAAAAGCUGGAGAAACUAGAGGCUAUUGGGCAAGAUAAGGACAGUGAUUCUGAUGAUGAUGAUAAAGAAAAUGAAAUGCAGAGUUUAGAAUCGAACCCUUCUGACUCAAUGUCAUCUCCACACUCACAGCCUCCUAGCCUCACAGAAUCUAUGCAAUUGAUGGAUGAAAUAUUGUCAGAUGUAAAUAUGGACAGAGUAGAAAAAAUUAACCGUUUAGAGGCAAUUUUAUCAGCAGUCGCUCCCUUAAGCGGUGAGUUGGAAGAUAAAUUUUCUCAAACAAUGGAACAGACACUGCCACUGCUCAAGAAUAAAGAUUGGUCUAAUCUGAGCCAAAUUUUGAACUUAGGAGACGAAGGAAAGAAUUGUUGCUGCAAGUGUCAUAACUCUACUGACAAUAAAGUUGAAGAGAUCAAGAAGGCAGAAGUUGGAUCCCAGACCCUAAGCACAGGUGAUAUUGUCAUCACCAGAAUUCAUUUUAGAGAAGAGGACAAAUUGAACGAAAGGACAAUAGACGCCACGCCCUUCAGUAAGAGAGUAGGUAUCAACAUGUCUUGAUCUUCUCGCAACCAAACUUCCAUUUUCUGAGUGCCACUAUUAAUUUCGAUACUCCCUGUUUGUGAUCAAUUCAGUUUAUACGUAGUUUAAGUUAUUGCCGUUAUAUCGGAUGUUUUUACGUUAGUUUAACGGGUAUACGGUGUAUUUGUUCAAGAUUGAAUAAAUUAAACAUUGAUGAGAGUAUGGUCGCCUACGCCGUGUUCAUUUGAGCGAGGACGUGCGUGUAUACUCGAAUAAAUGCAAUGGCUACGCGCAUAAUACGGCUACUUAAUUCCUUCGAUUGGAAUUAUCAGUAUCUGCUGUUGUUUCUAGUAGAGUUAAUAUUUAUGUUAUUGCCUAGUUAGCGAUUCGAACUUGUAUGUGAUAGAAUUUGGCCUUGGAUUUUUUCUCGAUCUGUGUUGACUUGUAAAUAAGAUAACUACGAUAUAUUUUAGUCUAAUCUUGUUCAAAUUCCUAACGGUCAAGCAUUUUGUAAGGUUACAUUUUGGUGCAUUGUUUUUAUCACUACAAUUCACUAUAUGGCUACUGAAUAAAAUGGCAAUAAUAGUUAAGUAUAAAAUAAGAUUUUGUUCAAAUAUUUAACUAAAUAUUAUUAGAUAUAGAUGUUAGUUUUAAGAAAUACUGAAAAUGUAGUUGUGGUGCUUGGAUAACGAAUAUGAAUCGUUGAAAGGUUUUAUACACAUAGGAAUAUUUGAGGGGAGUUUACCUAAUUUUGUGCCUUUAUAUCAUAUCCAAGGAUUUACAUACUUUAUAAAAUGGUAGCUAAAUCAAUUUAAGUUAUUAAUUUGUGGAACAGUUUGGUCUCGGGUUAGAACAAUCUGUGUUUGUUAAUAAAAUACCCGCCUUCCACGGUUUAUGGAACCCAAAAGUAUUUAAUUCAAAUUUGUAUUGAACUUAGUACUAAGCAUGUUAAAUUCUGUCGAAUAGUUUAUUUUUGUGUUACACAAAGUAAAUAUUAGUGAUUAUAUUACGCUUUACUUACUAGUUUGCUUGUAUUUAUUAACCUUAAUAGGUUGACACAUCAGUAUUCUGAUUUGUAUUUCCAUUUUACAUUAAUCAUGCAGUAUUUAUAAUUAGCAAGUUCUCACUGUUUUGGCAACUUAGCAAUCCUAUUUUUGUGCCUUAGUUUUCACUUUAGUAGAAUCGUCAAAAUUUAAAAGUGCCACUUAAUUUUAUUAUAAGUAGCAUUUGUUUUAGUCAAAUUAAGGUUCUUACCUAUUAAAUUGCUAACUUAUAGAAGUUUAUUUAACGCGUUUAUGUUAAUGUAAUUCAAUAAAGUUUUUUAAAAGAU